AUGCUGAGAGAGAAGUACUGGUUCCCUCGCAUGAACAGUAUGAUCGACACAGCAAUUGAUCAGUGUUAUGAAUGCAAAGUGACAACCAAAGAUCAUCGAGAAGAACCAAUCAAAGUGACGAAUAUUCCAAGUAAACCAUGGGAUACAGUAUCAGUCGAUCACGGGGGACCGUAUCCGGACGGUCAUUACAACCUUGUUAUGAUUGACAAGAGAACACGCUACCCGAAAGUAGAAUCGGUACCCUCAACCAAUUUCCCAGCAAACAAAGAGAGAAUGAAGCACAUUUUCGCCACCUACGGUACGCCAAGAAGAAUAGAAACAGACAACGGACCACCAUUCAACUCCAGAGAAUUUAAAGAGUUUGGACGAGAAGAAGGAUUUGAACAUCAUAACAUAACGCCAUUGCACCCUCGAGCAAAUGGUGAAGCAGAACGAUUCAUGCAGAUGUUAAACAAGACGGAAAGAGUAGCCAACCUUCAAGGGAAAAAUCGUCUUGAAAGACAGAACGCAGUACAAGACAUGUUAGUUGCAUACAGAUCGACACCACACCCAGCAAAAGGAGUUACACCUUAUGAAGCGAUGAGUAGAGCAACUAUAAGAACCAAAAUGGAUCAUGUAGAACCAAAGUCAGAGAAUACAGAAUUCGACGAGCAGAUCGACCAAAGAGAUGCUAAAUACAAACAGAAAAUGAAGAAACGCAGAGAAGGGAAGCAAACGAAGAAAACUUCAUUAUUACUCGGUGAUUACGUGCUGGUGAAGCAACCAAAGAAGAACAAAUGGACUACACUGUAUGAACCAGUGUUUUACACCGUCUAUGAAAUCCGAGGUUCACAAAUAUUAGCAAAACGAACGACAGAUGGACGACCGGUUUGUCGUGAUGCAAGCUAAAUUAAGCUUGUAAACUCUGUGAUGGGAACUAUGAAUGAAGAUGAACUUUCGUGGGACGAGAAAUUGGUGACAUAUCGAAACCGAGACGAGCAACAAACAAAACAGACGGUGAUUCAAAAUCAGAAUCCAACAAACAUUCCAGAGAAGAAUACAACCGAAGUACAAAUACAAGAACAAGAUCAUUCUAACAUUAGUGAAAUAACACCUGAAGGGAAUCAAAUGCAAGCGGAGAAAGAAACGCAACCACAACGAGCAGAACAGAAUGUAGAAACAACAAACAUUGAACCAAGAAACAUUCAAAAAGAAAGACCGAAAAGAACGUGAAUAUAACUUUACAUUAAUGGUUUGAACUUAAAUGGACCUUUAAUUAAAUUAUAGACAAUUAGGAAAUAAGAAAAAAAAACCCAAUAAGCACAAUUAUUAUAGUAUGUAGAAUUAUUAUUAGAAAUAUAGCAACGUUCUAAAUUAAGUUGGAAGGGAUGUAAUAUCCUGACCUUUAUCUAAUAUGCAUGCACUUCAUUAUAUAUGUGUAUUUAAAUAGCUAGUUAAUUAUAUUCAAUAAACCAUUGCAUGACUGCCACGUAUGCAGUAAACAUUACAGUUACUUGCGUUCAAGUCUACCCUAAUUAACUUGUACAUUACAAGGUUAUCAACAUACAGUCCUCCUGGCAGUUCCCAAAUAAUUAUAGUCAUUCCUGAACUUCUUUUUGUCAUGUUAGUCGUUUCCAAAUAUUUUUUAUAUGUAUAUAAAUGUAUACAAAAGUAUAAUGUAUAUACUGUUGAGUAAAGAUAAAUAGUAUAUUGUGUAUAUUGUAAGGGUUUAGGUUUCAAGUGGGAUGAAUGUCCUGUUCCAUUCUCCUGUCACAUAGUUAUCUUCGUCAAUGUAUUUUUUUUGUAUGGUGACAAAUUCAAUAAAUCAAAUUAAAUCAAAUCAAAAAGGGGGCGGGGGCGGGGGAGAUGAAAAAAAUUCGGACAUACUAUUUUUCACUAAGAAACGUAGUCAAAAAUGGUAUGUCCGAAAUUUAUUUGUAUUCAGAGUGGCAAAUGUAGUGGUCCGAAAUUAAUAGGCUGCUGCAAAACACUUCGUUAUAGUGUAAACACAACUUACGUCCGUAUUCUAAAAGCCCACUCACACUCACAUUCACACUCACACUCAAUGAGUGGAGGUUCAAUCUGAGCUUCUCUUGAGUGCAUGUCAUUGCUGCUUUGAAUAGCUGGCGGGUGAGUAGUCACAUAGUAAGGUACGACACUAACCCUCCAGCCAUUCAAAGACAGCAUUGACACUCAAGAAAAGCUCAGAUUGGACCUCCACUCAUUGAGUGUGAGUGUGCUUUUAGAAUAGGGGCGAUAGUCUCAACACUGAAAAAUAAGUAAAUUUUAACGGAGUGUUAGCCGUAGGGUUAUAGUGUGAACGCGGCCUAAGUUUGAACAACGCGGACGUCAAAAGCUAACCGGAAGUUUUGUUUGUGCAACUGCGCAUGCUCCAACUUGAAACUGACCUCGUUGUGGUGGCAUAGAGGAGGUGAAAAUCAGAAAUCGACGUUCUGGAUAAAACGUCUCAGGUGAGUUAAUGACUGGGUCAAAAAGUUAUUAGUUUCCAGUGCCUUUGGGAAAGUAGCGAAUUUAGGCGUACAAUUCCCGUCUUUUUUUUCGAACAUGGCGUCGAUGAGAGUGGUGUUUAUUUUAUAUAUGACAGAUCGAAGAUUUUGGCAAGAAACUGUUUCUGUAUUAAUACCGAUCGUGGUUAUAGUUUGUUUAAAGGUUUGUACUCUAUUUAUUGGUACUGUUUUCCUAGUGUAACCUUUAAGGCUUUGUAGUUGAGCUUUGUUUUAUAUUAUAUUUUAUAGGCAUUAUAUAAAAUUCUAUAAUACUGUCAUUGAAAGCCAGUAUUAGGAAGGAUUCUAGCUUGUGUUUAUACUAAUUCUAACAAUGGCCAUAGCCGAUAUUCCCUGGUCGCUAGUAAACAGAUUUACUCACAAAAUUCUGGGAGUAAAUCAUAUAUCUUACCUUCUGAGAGUUGCACUUUAAUGUGAGCCAACCAGAUGUCCUGAUACAUUCCAUAUAAACCACAGGAGGCCCAGGCUCGAUUUGCCCGCCUGUGCCUUCCUUAUAACGAGGGAAGGACGGAGACAUUGAGACCAAAAUAGCCCAGACUUGGCAUAUGUCACACGAAACUAUCCUCGAUUUUUCGCUUUUAAUGCAUUUCUUUCACGAUUAAUCGAUAUCCCCUGCAAGAAUGAUACCGUAUAACUCUCAAAACAACGAUGCUUUAAUCAAAGAGCUUAAAUUCGCUCUGAAAUCCGUGAGGAAAUAACAAAAUUCGGCCAAAAUAUAUCCGCGUGCCGGGUUUGCUGUGCAAAAAGCGGAAGUCGUUGAACAACUCAAAAUACACUCAACCCUGAUUGGACAACGAAUAUCAACAAACAUUUCAAAUUUUUUUAACAGUACUGUAAUAAUUUCAAUCAAAACUAUUCACAAACGUUAUAAAGUGUAAAUAUUACUGUAUGUAAAUAUAACUGUAGUACGUUAAUAUGUAUAAUAAAUUGUAUUUCACAUUGUGUUUGUUAAAAAAAUUUGAAAUGUUUGUUGAUAUUCGUUGUCCAAUCAGGGUUGAGUGUAUUUUGAGUUGUUCAACGACUUCCGCUUUUUGCACAGCAAACCCGGCACGCGGACAUAUUUUGGCCGAAUUUUGUUAUUCCCUCACGGAUUUCAGAGCGAAUUUAAGCUCUUUGAUUAAAGCAUCGUUGUUUUGAGAGUUAUACGGUAUCAUUCUUGCAGGGGAUAUCGAUUAAUCGUGAAAGAAAUGCAUUAAAAGCGAAAAAUCGAGGAUAGUUUCGUGUGACAUAUGCCAAGUCUGGGCUAUUUUGGUCUCAAUGUCUCCUUCCUUCCCUCGUUAUAAGGAAGGCACAGGCGGGAGCGGGCAAAUCGAGCCUGGGCCUCCUGUGGUCGAAUACGAGCGCAAAAGGCUGCUGGGAAUCGCUAAUAAAUUCAUUAUUUUUUUAGCGAUUCCCAGCAGCCUUUAGCGCUCGUGUUCGACUUUUCCGCUUUGCUCGGGGACAACCUCAAUUGAAAUAGCUGUAUACGACUAAUUGCGGUGUUGAUGAAGUCUUGAACGAUCUGUGCCAGUGUGUGUCAAGUUUCGAAAUGAUAGAGAUGCAACUACUUGAAAAAUGCAAGAAUUUCGACGUUUCGAGCGAAGACCCUUCGUCAGGAAGUUACUACGGCCUUUGGUUCGAACGACGACGAAGGGCUUUGCUCGAACGACAAAGGGAAAUACAUAUGGGAAAGUCGUAUACUACAAUAAGCUGCAAAGCGAUUUUUAAAUUUCACUUUGAAGAAAGAGCCAUCGAAGCGCCUUCGUUCGAAACGUCGUUCGUUCGUCCGCAGUUAUCAUUGUUUUCAACAAAAAGGGCUGGAAGAAAGGAUCGUUUCCAAAACUACAUCUGAGUAACAAACAAGUAACAGACGAGUAACAGACAAUAUUUUGUCCAGAAAUUCCAUUGGAAGCCCUUGUACCCCCCUAGAACAUUCCAAAUAUUUCUUGUAUUGAUCUAUUUAAUCCAAUCUAAUUCCCGUGGCAAUUAAUACACGUACAUGAAGUAGUUUCCAUUUACACCAAUCAUUGACAGAGGUAGGUAUAAUCUUCGAGUUAAGCCGUUUUCGAGUAUUAGGCCCCGACCACGCCCAAACCACACCCAUUUUCGUCAAGGGCUUAACUCGAAGGAAGAAACACAACUUGGAAAGUUCGAGUUAAGCCCCGUGAAAAAAGAGGGGCCUAACUCGACGUCAAUGAUGUAAAAGAGCAAUGAUUUGAGUCGAAAUAAGACUUAUUUCGCGUAAGAGGUCAAUUUAUUCGUAAUGAGCUCAGAGGUAUAAAGGAUAGUAAAAAAUAAUCUGUUACUUAACGAAAAUUGACUGUUUAUACGAGUUGUUCGUGAUUCAUUUACGCUGCAGCUCAUUUAGGCCGAGACGUAUGAUAACUAUUUCCAGCUAGAUUGUGGACGACUCAAAUCAUUGCUCUUUUACAUGUAGUUGAGGACCUGUAUAUGAGUUUGUAUGCAUUUCAUUUAGGACAGAUAAUCUCAACUGUUUUAGGGCAAGUUGACCAUGACGGUCAACAUGGUAACGCUGCCCGAACCCCAAUCCGGGACGAAAUGUCCCGGAUGUGACCACACCCAAAAACAACGCUUUAGCCAUACUGCUAUCUACCAAACCAUAAAAGCUUUGGCUAUUCUGAGGUGCUUAUAUGGUUCAGAGAUGGUACUUUUUGGGGUGGUCAUUGGUAAGUGUGAAAUGCCUAGCACUAAUAUUUCACAAGAAAAUGACCAUGCAAUAAUCAUAGUUAAACGUCAAUUUGUGGCUUGCAACUUCAGAGAAACAGCAGUGGACUUACAUUACCUUUUUCCCUAAAUCUUUUUGAUAGAAACAUAAUUGGUACUUAUUUAAAUAUAUUAUCACUGGUUUGGUGUAAAAUAGUUAAUAUUUUCUGACCGAAAUAAUAAUUUGAAAUGUGCCUACCUCCUGCAAAUGGACGUAUUUGGCCAAGUUCUCCACUUUACUCCGCUGUUUAUCGGCGAUCUCGUCGACAUCCUACAAAAAAUGUAAAUCAUCUCAGACAUAAUGGUAUCAAGAACAUUUUAAACAAGUUUCAACUUGGUUUCAAGUAGAUCAUACCUGUUUAACCAUCGACAAGGUAAAUCCACAACUUUGUCCAAAUUCGGCGCCAUUUUGUCAUCCCAUGUCGGUUGUCAACAAUUCGGCCUUGUUACUCUUCCAUUCACGCCAUAUCCAUUGCACCAAUAACAAAUUUAACCCUUUGUUAAGGGUAUUAAAAUAAAAAUACAAAUGAAAUAUGCGAAAUGCAGCAUUUUAUCACCCCGUAAAAUGUUGCUUACGAGUCCUUCAAAACAUUUCGUACAAAUCUCGCGUGGUUUAGCAACAGGGACGUGACAGGGGGGGUAGACACUUGAAAAAUGAAAGCAAAGCCCCACACAGUAUCGUAAAACCAUUAAACCAACAAUCGGCAUUUAAUUUGUAUGACUUGUUCAUAUUAAUAAAUAAUAAUAUGUAUAUAUUUGUCGCUACAAGAAAUAAAACAAACGUUUGUAUGAUUGUCUUUAGCUUUUAGUCUAUUUCACGCAGCCUUCUUCUAUCUUCGUGAAAUAAUUCACCCCCCCCCUGUCACGUCCCUGUUACUUUGUCACGCGAGAUUUGUACGGAAUGUUUUGAAAGACUCGUGAGCAAGAUCUUACAGGGUGAUAAAAUGCUGCAUUUCGCAUAUUUCAUUUGUAUUUUUAUUUUAAUACCCUUAACAAAGGGUUAAAUUUGUUAUUUGUGCAAUGGAAAUGGCUUGGAUGGAAGAGUAACAAGGCUGAAUUGUUAACAAGCGACAUGGGAUGACAAAAUGGCGCCGAAUUUGGACAAAGUUGUGGAUUUCCCUUGUCGAUGGUUAAACAGGUAUGAUCUACUUGAAACCAAGUUGAAACUUGUUUAAAAUGUUCUUGAUACCAUUAUGUCUGAGAUGAUUUACAUUUUUUGUAGGAUGUCGACGAGAUCGCCGAUAAACAGCGGAGUAAAGUGGAGAACUUGGCCAAAUACGUCCAUUUGCAGGAGGUAGGCACAUUUCAAAUUAUUAUUUCGGUCAGAAAAUAUUAACUAUUUUACACCAAAUCAGUGAUAAUAUAUUUAAAUAAGUACCAAUUAUGUUUCUAUCAAAAAGAUUUAGGGAAAAAGGUAAUGUAAGUCCACUGCUGUUUAUCUGAAGUUGCAAGCCACAAAUUGACGUUUAACUAUGAUUAUUGCAUGGUCAUUUUCUUGUGAAAUAUUAGUGCUAGGCAUUUCACACUUACCAAUGACCACCCCCAAAAGUACCAUCUCUGAACCAUAUAAGCACCUCAGAAUAGCCAAAGCUUUUAUGGUUUGGUAGAUAGCAGUAUGGCGAAAGCGUCGUUUUUGGGUGUGGUCAGUUUCGGACGUUUCGCCCCGGAUUGGGGUUCGGGCAGCGUUACCAUGUUGACCGUCAUGGUCAACUUGCCCUAAAACAGUUGAGAUUAUCUGUCCUAAAUGAAAUGCAUACAAACUCAUAUACAGGUCCUAGACUAUUGUGACAAGUUGUUUUCUCUUGAAAUUUUUGCAAGAUGUUAAUGUCUGCGCUUACCAGCACAAGUCUGGUCUGUCUAGUUGAUGAUCCGACCAUUAACAUGAUAUUCUCAGAAUUCCUGGGGGAUUACCUCAGGGAUCCACAAAAACUGGAUUAGCAGUUCCAUGUGGUGCCCUGUUAAAGUGCAUAUGAAAGAAUUUUAAUUUUUUCACUGAAAAAUCGGCCAUGGCAUUCUCUUAUCUGAUAAAUAUUUUCUUAGAUAUUCGGCUCUAAAUCUGCCUUUUUUCUAAAGAUGGCCGGUGUCCCAGGAAAUUUGGCCCCCCUUGGGAAAUAUGGCCUCCCCUUCGGAAAUUUGGCCCCCUCGAAAACAUAGUUCACUUUAUCGCAUAUAAGCUUGGAAAUCGUGAAGCUUCUUCUAAAACCAAGAUCCUAAAAGUGUUUGUCAGUAUUUAUAGUUAGUUUGCAUAAUUUAUUUGUGUCGAAAUUCUUCGUUGCGGCCAAGAGCUAAAAGUUUGAAGGAAAUAGUAAUAAUGCGCUAGUGCAGUCAUGCCAGACACAUCACACAUGGGUAUCUGUAAAGGACAACGUUAAUGUAUGAUCGCUUGGCUUUAAGCUAAGAACACAAAACGAUUUUUAGAGAUAGGAAUUUCUAAGAUAUUACAAAGUUAUUUAGAUCUAUUUAUUCAGUCACAUAGUAUGAAAUUAGUCAGAAUAACAACUGCACUUUAGCAAACGAUGACAUCAUGCGUUGGCGAAUAUGUUAAUAUGCACGCGUCUAAUAAAUAACAGGGAGCAAUUAGCAGUAAAAGUAGAAUUUUAAGUGGAAACGUUUGUUCAAAAAACAAAAUUAAAUGAGUGCAAUUGUCGAGCUGUAACAUCAAUUUCAUGUAUAUAUACUAUACUAAAGUGAAGCCCAUGUAAAGUGUGAGAUGGCCAAAUUCUGAUAUUCAGUGCCCUAAUACACCUUACAUUGGCUCAACUUUAAAAUGUACACAUGAACUCGAGGUAGGGCUCUACAACUGGACUCAGUAGUAGAAGUAUUGGAAACAAGGUAAGUGAUUUUGCAGACAAGGUUUAUAACAAAUGACACAAUACUUUACAUCAAUUCAGCAAUUUACUGCCCUUUUUCUAUACAACUUAAUUGCAUAUAGAUGUGCAAUUAAGAUCUUAUUAAAAAAAUUAUUUUUCCAGGGAGUAAAAAAUAAUAUUGCACAUGCACUACAAAAGAAAAAAUAUGUUGGUGAAAUGGUGGCAUUUGCACUGAACAAAAUGGCAAGUAUUGCCGAUGUCAGGAGGAGAAAGAGUAGGAUUUAGAGGUGUGCAAAUCCAAUCCGAUUUGUUUGGAUUUCAGAACCAAAAUAUUCAUUUCGGAUAGGAUUGAUAACGUAGUUUCAUAGAAAUGAAUUAAUUAUCCACACAUUAUCGCAAGAAUUAAUCAACCAUGCAUAUAUCAAAGCAUUAUCGCUGCAUUAUUUGAAUGAUACUUCAAUUGGACGUCAAUUUGACAUGUAUUUCUUGCUUUUAUAUUUAUUUGGUUAAAUAUUUCAACUUGAAUGAGAAAUUUAUUUUAUUAAAGAAUUCUUUGGAUCAGAUCGGAUUUUAAACAUAGGCAAUUGUCGGAUUAUAAACGUCCAAUUCGAUCCAAUGCACACCUCUAGUGGGAUUGUACGAAAUUCGAGAGCCUAUAAGAUCCCAAAAAAUCUACUGGGGACGGACUUGUGUCAUUUUAUAGAGCAUGAUAAGUUUUUUUAUAUAUGAUUGUAAGUUUUUAAAUGAUACAAUUUUUAUGUGGUGCGACUCAUUAAUUUACAAUAUGUGCAGAAUCUAACCAUUUUCUCAUCUUCAUGAAACCGCUACAGGUGCUAUAUUUCAGGACUCUUUCUAUUAAAAUGUAUUACUGCAGACUGCAUAUUUUCAAUACAUUUGAAUUAAUUUUCUACUCUUAAUUUAUGUGGACUAAGGGAAGACGCUCCACCGACUGCAAGCCCGCAGGACAAUCAGGCAGGGAGCAUCUUGCCGCUGAAAAGAUUAAUGAUCUGGUAACGUUAAUCGAAAGUAUUGAUCUGUGUUAGUUUUCAGCAAAAAUACAAUGGGUGCAUGCAUGAUGAAUUACAUUGUGAAUUAUAUGUUAGAACUUUUUUUAAGAUUAUGAACCUUCCCCCAGUUACAGUGGAUAUAUGGAGGAUGUGUCAGUUGUUGUACGUAACGAUUGGCCUAUUUUGCCGACAUAUUGUAUACUGACAACUUUUACAUUAUUUACAGGAACUUUCACCUAAUAGUAAAUUUGCAUAUAGUCUUCGUUUGCCAAAGGGAAAAUAGAAUUACGAAAAGGUGAUUAUUUAUAUUAUUUUUUCUUUCAAUGUUUUGCCUGUUUCAAUUUAAUGAAUAGGAGUGUAAAUAUGUUUUCAUAUCUUUACCUUAAUACUUUGUUUAGGGUAUCCUAGAUGGAAUAAAGAUUUCAAAAGCAAGACAACUGGCUGAACAAGAAUGCGAUGUUAACAGUAAAUAUAAGAUUUAAAUUUUUCAUGAUAAGUUUUCAUUAUAAUUUCUCACCUUCCUUUUUUCCUUUAUAUAUAGUUAAUUGCAGAAGUAAAACUGCAGUGGCAUCAAGUUCAGAAAGGAGACAAAGUGAAUUCUGGUUCAAAGAUCCCAAACCCCAUCUUCCCUUCCCAGGGACUAAAGUUGACCUGACGUUCAUAAAAUAGCUUAAUAUACAACGCGUACAAUCUGAAAAUAAAUUUCCAGCGCACAGAUGUUCUUUCAUGGUGAAUGAAAUAGGGAUGAGCCGAUAAGGAAAAUUGCUGAUUACUGAGGCAGAUUAUUUAUAAGCCGAUUAUCAUAACUAAUCGGACGACCCGCCGAUUAUUUUACAAAGCAAGCGAAAAAUCACAAGAUGACCAACAAUGAAGUUGUAAAUGCGGUUUUAUUGUUUACAAUACACAUUAUGUACAAUUAAAAACAGCUUCAAUCUUUCAUGUCAAUAGUCAAAGUUUAGUUUUGGUAGAUUGUAGUGUAAAAACAGGAUAUUGUCAGCUAUGCAGAGCUAGUCUGCUGCAUUUUCCAGUGGAAAUGUUCCCAGUUUCACUUUGCUUGAGACAAAAGACACACGUUUUGCAACAAAAUGUGACAAUCUAUUUGCUUGAACUCAGUAUUUUAGCUCUGUGCUUGGCAGCUGCAGAAAAAGUCUUAUGUCCGAUUAUCAGGCAAUAAUUGCCCAAUUACCAAUUAUUUAAAAAAAGGCCGAUUAAUCGGCUUUGCUGAUUAUUUACCAGUUAAUUGGCUCAUCCCUAGGUUGAAAGUAUAUUUUCCUGUCAGUGCUGAUCAUAUAAUGUGUAUAACUUUAGAUGCCAAACAUCCUAGAUGACGUCUUGAGUUUGCUGGAGAAACAAUAGGGGUGGCAAGUAUAUAUUUUUCUUUAGGCCAGUUUAGGUGUUUUGCCGUGCCCAAAACAAUCAAUGGGUGAGUAAAGGGGGUGGCUUAAACUAUAUUUCCCUGAAUUGGGGCCGACCUCAAACUGAAAAAUAUGUGAUAAUUUUUUAAUACCUUCCUACUCAUUUUACUAUUUCGUAUAGCAGAAAAUAUUUCACCUUCUUUAGUUCCUAUAAUUCAUUUAAAUAUAAUUCACUUUUUCUAUCUAGAAACAUGUGCUUCAGGACCCUCUUGAACAAUAGUUAAUAGAAAUACUAAGCUUGAACCAUGCAUGAACACACAGUCACAGAAUGUGUCCCCCACUCAGUUGUGGGUUGCAUGUUAGGCCAACUUUUCUAUGUGAUUUACUAAAGGUACAAUAAGGACAGAAAUAGAAAUUUUGAAUAAUUAAUUUGCGAACAUAGUUACAGUUGCCAAUAUGCUGGCGUGGAAAAUUAUUUACCAGUAAUUAUACGAAUCUACUCAAACUAUAGCUUUUUAAGAAACUCAACCGACUGUCACAAAAGGAAAAUAUACAAACUUUAUACUCCCUUUAUAAUACACUAUGUAAUUCUAAUUCUUGGACUAAUUUGAUUCAUUGUAUAGGCUGUGCUUGAAAAUGAAGAAAAAGGAUGUUCCUGCCCAGUGGUUAUGUGACUUAUGUAAUAACUGUGAAUCAUGAAUAUCUUCCGGCUGUUAUUGUGAAUGUCAAUAAUUGUAGAAAAAACAUGAAUAUAAUAAAUGCACUGUAUAUUUUGAAACAUCUUCGACCUUGUUAACCCUAUUUGUACUGGGGCUUUUUCAUGUUGAUAUGACCGGGGGGGGGGGGUGUGCUGAUAGGGCACACCCUUCAGAAAUUCUGUUGAUUAACUGCCAUUAUCCUAUAAGUUUUAUUUUUAGUAAGUUUUAUCUUUCACAUCCAAGUUAAAUUCACAUCCAAAAUGCUGUUUUUUGGCCCCAUUGAAUAUGACCGCCUAUCCAAAAAUCGCGAAUAUAGCUAAUAUUUUACCCAUUUUGGUUAUAUUUUGUAAAGAGAUAACAAUACGUCAAAAUUUACAAUUUAGUAGUACUAAAUGGGCGAAGGUGUAUUUAAUUAACUAUAUUUUGGAUAAAUUUCAGGAGAAGUGUGGGUAAUAUCUUCAUUCUUUGCAGUUUUGCAUGGAUUAAAUGAUAAAGGUCUGCAUGAUUUUGAAAAAAGAAUGAUUAUUAGCAAAUUAUUGGAGGGGGGAGGGCUGCAGCCCCCCGGUUGCUACGGCCCUGGAGUAUAUAACAACCAUUUUGAAUACUGGUCCUCUAAUUACUUCCUUCAUUAAAACUUAUGAAAAAAGUUUAGUACACUGCGUUUAAAUAUACAUUAAAGUUUGUGUAAUAUGACUAAAAGUUUAGGUUGGUCAUGCAUUGUGUGAGCUUGAAUAAUCCUUAACAGUAAACCCAUUGAGUAGCAUUGUGCCCUGAUGCACCCCACUUUAUUAUUUUACUCUGUCUAACGCCAGAUUAUUUUACUCUGUCUAACACCAGACUAUUUUUCUCAUCAAGGGGAAAGUGCUGUCGCUUCGGGGUUAAUUAACAGUGUAAAUUGAAACAUAUUCACACAUGACCCACCCCUAAUGUACUGCACAAUUUUCUAUAGCCCACCCUUUUUUGCAAGCAUGGAAAUGGUGCCCCCCUCUUUCUCCAGCCCACCCCCCAGCCCCCCUCCCUAUACUUUAUGACUGGUCCCUUAUAAUAUCAAAAUAACUACUUGACUGCGUAUCUGCGUACCACUAGAAUAUAGAGCUACCUUUAACUACAAUUUAAUAUAUUAAUGCUAAGCCACUCUAUGCCUCGUAGCUACCUUUACCACCAUGGGAUUUUAAUCUAUCGAUCUAUUUAUUAAUCUAUUGAGAAUAAAUAUAUAUAGAUGUAUUAAUACAGUAACAUCGUAUCCAUGAUGUUUGAAAGGCAUAGCUUGAAAGUGGACAGCUAUUCCGCAAUCACUCGGGAAGAUAUUGCAAUGUUUUUCAGAAUUAUGGAAUCUAAAACAAUGAAACUUAUAAAGAGUUACAGAAGCAAAGAAAAGAGUUUCAAAAACCAGUUACAAAAGCAAAGAAAAGCAAGUGGGAAUGGCAAAUAUAACUUAAUAAAAUAUGUCAGAUGUCAUCACCACACAAGUGAUGAAGCCAUAAUGGGUCCGGUUGCUCAGAUUUUGACAUCUCAACCAAGCAAUACAAUAUUUUGAAAUCAUCAAUUGCAUCCACAAGACACACUUCGAAGGGGCAUCUAACAAGGAAAGUAUCCGCUGAAUGUUUUGUUUAAGGGCACAAGUCAAUGAUGUGUCCGACUAUGAAUGAGGAGUCCUUUUAUCAGGCACAAUUACUGUAUAUUACUGUUUAUUAUGCCGUUUACAUGGCACAACCGAUCGAGUAACUGACGUUUUUAAUUUUCCCAACCUCUCGUGGUAAAGAUCGGAAUAAUUUAUACUGUAACUUUCCAUUCGAUUUAAUUAGUUCCACAGUCAAGCCUAUUAGUCCCAUGCAGAAACAUGCCUUAUUACUUAAAAUACUUUUCUAAUUCUAUAGGAGCAAUGAAGGCGCAUUUUUUGACCAAAAGAAGAAAAAGAAGACAGGUGGAGACUGGCGAGAGGAAAACAGUCUUACAAAAUGAAAGACGUCGCCAUUGUAAGCAUAAAAAUUUGUCAAUUUAAUUCCUCGGCUCAGCAUUCCCGUCAUCCGUACAGAUAAAUUUAAUAAAUCCGAUAAGUUAUUAAAUUAUCUACGCACAUUAAUUCAUUUGCUUAUUUAAUUUGUCAUUACUGUACAGUGGUGGAAAUUAACUUAUUCCAGUGGGGUGCAAAGCCUCCUGAAUUUCCGACAAACCUUUCAAAUUUCCGACAACCCCCCCCCCCCCCCCCAUUAACACUCGAAGAGGUUGUUUUUAGCCCGCCUCUUUUAGGUCAAAAUUUCCAAAAAUUUGUCAUUUUCGGUGAAGGUGGGUGCCCCCCCCCACCGAAAUUUCCGCCACUGUUACAGUAACAUCAAAUGAAUUUAAUAAGCGUUUUUGUGCCGGUUUGCACGUAUACUACCUUCGAAGUACUAAUAGCACAAAGAAAUCUUCACCAAAAUUAAGGUUUAGACUUUUAGCGCAUGUGUGCAGUUCCCUUACAAGAAAGAUACAAGUUAUUUCCGCUUUAUAGUGUUAAAGUUAUAUAGCAGUAGGGAUGAUAUACUAACAACGUUGACUGAUAAACCACAGGCCAAUUAAGCCAAGUAAAAAUUGAAUGAUGGGGCGCGCUUUUAGUGAUUUUCUUUUUAUCCCCGACCUGCUCCUUAGCUUCUAUAUCACAAAUAUAUUUUUAAUCACUUCUUUCAUCCUAGUAUGUGCUUGGUAUACUUGAUCAAAAAUUUAUUAAUAAAGAGAAUUUCUUACUAUAUUUAUAUAGAAACUUCGUCGUCAGCUGAACACUCUAAACAAAACGUCGACAUGGCCAGAACCCGCUAAGGCUGAGUAUAGAAAGGGCAUGAACAUGCAUUCCAUGUCCCCGGAAGAGAGCGAGGAAGAACUUGUACAACAAAACGAGUCAUCUGGGUCGGAAGAGGAAGAUGAGCCUCAAAUAAUCACCAAAAAAGUAAUUAAGAUCCACCCACUUUCUUGGCGCAGCGACAGAUUCACCAAUCUCUUGCAAUCAUUGGACCGAAAGCACAUGCGAAAUAUUUCAGAGAAGGCCCGUUCCAUGACAAAGGAGAGAAAAGAUGGAGAACCUUUGGUGUGUGCUGCACCAACUGGCAUUCCUGACUGGAUGGUCAAGAGUUAGAUUUUUAAAAGCAUAACAUUUUAUUCAACUUGUAUUUUUAUAUCCAUGCACUAUAAAUUUUCAUUUAUUUAGCCGUGGUUGUAAUAAGCAAGAAUUGGGUGAGCAUUUUCAGAUAUCUGGAAUUAUCAACAUCCCCGUGCUCGACAAUGGAGAAAACAAGGAGAGGGAUUGAACUUUAGGUGCACGGCAAAGGGUAAAAAAGAAGGCUGUACCAAUGUAAAUUUUAUGGUAGCCAUCGCCGUAUGGGAAUGGCGUUGUUCUCUGUGAACAGUGGGAGGGAACAAUCACGGGUGAGAAAUUUGCUGCAAUUGUGAAGCGUUGUUUCAAGAAAGCUUUCCGAAACUCGGCGAAUCCAAAGGGAAAGCUUUUCCUAAUGGACGGGUGCCCACGCCAAAACUCAAGAGCAGCAAUGCGUGCUAUAGAGAAAGUAGGUGCGAAGGUUUUCAAAAUACCUGCUCGAAGUCCAGAUCUCAACCCAAUAGAGAACUUUUUUAACACUGUCACUAUGAAAUUGAACAAUGAUGCCAUCGAGAAGCAAAUUACGAGAGAGAGUAUUCACAAAUUUUCCCUGUGUGUUAAGGAAACUAUGCAGAGUUUCAGUUCGGACGAGAUAGACAAAAUAAUUGACAGCAUGGGCAAACGAAUAAUCUCAGUUAUUAAAAGACGUGGUCAAAGAAGCAAAUAUUAA